AGGGCUCAAUGGGCCCUGGGGCCCCGCCGGGCGGCCCGCCCCCCCGCGCCGCCCGCCCAUGGGCCUCUGCGAGUCGAACGACCCGGCGUGCCCCUGCCAGCCGGAGCGCACGGCCAGGCGCCACCCGGCGCCGCACAGCGCCGCCGCCUCGACGCUCGAGGCGGAGCAGCUGCGGCUCUGGCAGGAGGAGCUGGACGGCGCCCCGCCCCGCGAGGGCGACGAGCAGGAGGACGUGGUGGUCGCGCUGCAGGCAGAGAUCUGGCGAGAGUGCGCCAGGCGCGUCACGGAGGGCGCGCGGGCGCGCCCGCGGCCAGUGCAGGACAUUCGCGUGCGGCCGCGGUCCCUCCUUCUGGACGAGGAGGUGCUCGCCGCCGCCACGACGCUGGACUGGAAGCUGGCGGACUUCGGCCUGCGUGCCCGGCCCAUCAAGGGCGACGGCGCGUGCCAGUUCCGGGCCGUGGCUGACCAGCUCUGGCGGGACCAGGCGCCUGCAGGAGGCAGCUGCACACCACAGCACGGUGGGGUGGUGUAUGGGUAUUCUCCGCGGAAGGAGCUCCACCCGUUCGCGCGCGACCAGGCCCUGUCGCAGCUGCGACGCGACGCCGGCAGAUACGCCGGCUUCGCGGACUGCGAGGGCGGCUUCGGGGCGUACCUGGACCGCAUGAGGGCCGCGGCGGAGUGGGGCGACAACCUCACCUUGCAGGCGAUCGCCGACACGUACAGGGUCCAGAUCUGCAUGGUUACGACGUACCUGGAGCGCGGCUUCCUGCACAUCUCCCCGUGGGGAGCCGGCGGCGCUGCGAACCAGAUUUGGCUGGGCUUCUAUGCGGAGUACCACUACACCAGCCUCGAGCCGCUGGCGUGAGCGCCCCGCCCCCCCGCGUGCUGGCGUGGACGCCGCUGCGGCAGAAACAUGGUCGGCGGCUUUCUCGCCACGUUCGCUGGCUCAUGCCACACCUGCCAGGCGAGAUCCUCUUUUGGCAUUGGACGCGCCUCUUCGGCGCCGCUGCCACUCGCACUUGCUUGGUCCCGUCAUCUUGCACACUCCUCUUGACGGCUACGUGAUACAAGUCAUCAUAUACUCUCACAGACGAACAUGGACAGUUUUAGUUUUUCUUCCAGCGGAGACGAUCGACAGAAGUGAAUGCCUGCGCCCAGGCUCGC